AUGAGUGACCAACGCUCACCUUCAGAGCAAGGUCACUCUGUGCUGAGAUCAACUGACAUAGUCAAUGAGUUAAAUGCUCUGGUUUAUCAAUACCAAACGCAAACAACAAAUCUAAAUGCUGUAUUACAAGGCAACCCAAUUAAUGUGACACCUUUGAGCGAAAAUUAUGAUAAUUCUGCUACUGAGGACUUUGAAACGAGUAAUGAAAGUGAUAGUAAAGUGGAAUGGCAAACUGUGACAAGCAAAAGACGUCAGUUAGGCUCUCCCACUAUUGAUCACAAGCGAACAAGGACAGACAGCAAUAAAAACAUAGUAGAAAAUAUUAACAAUACUAUAAACAACAACAACAACAAUAACAUAAUCAGCAACCCCAGCAGCACAAACAUGUUUGCCGGAUUACAAGACGAGUCAGACGGUAAUAAUGAACAGCAGAAUGAAGAAGAGACUACACCAAAACCACCACCAAUUAUUAUACCAAAUAUAAGCGACAUUAGCGGUACCAGCAGUGAUGAGGUAGAGAUAUUGAACUUUCUCAAAUCUCCAUGUCAAAUGGACUUACCAAUCAGUAAGAUAUCAAAUAAUGAAGUUACUACAGAAAUUCAUAGAUUAAAUAACUACAAAUCACCUGGAUAUGACUACAUCGAUAGCAAAAAAUGUGCCAUUGUGGUCAUAGUACCAAAACCCAAUAAACCCGAGAAUAGUGCCAAGUCUUACCGUCCUAUUAGUCUGAUGGUAACAUUCGAAAGAAUAUUUUUGCAAAGAAUGUUGCCUGUAAUUGAGGAUCAUAGCAUCAUACCUGAACAUCAGUUUGGGUUUAGAGUAAAACAUGUUGCUGCUGAAUUGCUGCAGAAGACCCGAAUGCCGAAUGCCGAAUGCCAACAGCCGAAAGCCCAAGCGAAACCAAAGUCAAUGGGGGCCAACAAACAACCCAAUCAACUGCAGGAAACUGCGCUCAGCUAG